UAAGCAAAGCAAUGUGCGUGUGCGUAGUAAUUUUCUAACAUUUUUCAUUAAUUAGCACAAGUAAUCAUUAUGCAUAAUUAAAUGCAUACUCAAAUUAAAACUCCAAUACAAUAACUUAAAUAUGUCUAAAAAUUUCUUCCAAUGGUUUAGUAUUAAAAAUUAAAUAUUUUGACUAGAUAAGAUGAGUUUAGAAUCCAUAAAAUAUACUAGAGGUAGUCUAGAGAUCUUAGAUCAAUUAUUAUUGCCUUUACAAACGAGAUAUAUCAAAGUGCGAGGUGUUGAGGAUGGUUGGAAAGUAAUAAAUAAAAUGCAGGUCCGUGGAGCACCAGCCAUAGCCAUAGUGGGUUGCUUAUCACUAGCGGUUGAAUUAUCACCUGACAAUGAAUCUUCAAAAAAAAACAUGAGGCAAGAGAUUGAAGGUAAACUUAACUAUCUGGUGUCUGCCAGGCCAACAGCUGUAAAUAUAAAAUUGGCAGCUGAUGAGCUUAUAAAUUUGGCAAAUACACUUUGUGCUGAAGACAGUAUCUCAGCUGAAAUUUUUAAAGAAAGGUUUAUAGGCAGCAUAGAGGAUAUGCUCACUAAAGAUAUACAUGAUAACAAAGCAAUAGGAAGUUUUGGAUGUGAAGCUAUAUUAAAAAAUAUAGAUGGUGAUAGUCCAGUCAGAGUGCUUACACACUGUAAUACAGGAUCCUUAGCUACAGCCGGAUAUGGCACUGCUUUAGGAGUUAUCAGAUCAUUACAUGCCACUAAAAGAUUAGAGCAUGUCUUCUGCACUGAGACAAGGCCAUAUAAUCAAGGAGCAAGACUGACUGCAUAUGAACUAGUCCACGAGAAAAUCCCUUCUACAUUAAUUGUAGAUAGUAUGGUCUCUGCUCUUAUGCACACCAGGAAAAUACAUGCAGUCAUUGUUGGUGCUGACAGGGUUGCUGCUAAUGGGGAUACAGCAAAUAAAAUUGGAACGUAUCAAAUAGCUAUUGUAGCAAAAUAUCAUGAUGUACCCUUCUACGUAGCGGCUCCGCUCACAUCCAUAGACAUGUCUUUACCAUAUGGAGAAAAAAUUAAAAUUGAAGAACGGCCCGAUAGGGAAAUGACUCAUAUUGGAGAACAUAGAAUAGCUGCACCAGGCAUAAAUUGCUGGAACCCUUCAUUUGACGUAACACCGGCAUCUCUAAUAGCAGGCAUCAUAACUGAAAAAGGUGUAUUUGCUCCUGACAAUCUAAAAAGUGUUAAAACCACGUAACGGUAAAAAAUACUAUAACAUAAUAUAUAUAUAAACGCGAGAUUACUUCGUAAAA